AUGCUAGAUCCAAAUCUGCCACUUACAAAGAUUGAAUACAAUGAAUGGGGUAAUCCUUUGGAAGACGAAAAUGUAUAUAAAUACAUUUCUAAUUAUGCACCUUAUGAUAAUAUCUCUUAUGAUACCACUAUUAGUGAUAAUUUUAAACAUGGAACUUCAAUAUUAGUGACAGCAGGGAUGCAAGACCAAAGAGUAAAUUAUUGGCAAGCAUUGAAGUGGGUAUCCAGAAUGAGAAUAAGACAAGCAAAGUAUUUUUGGCCAUAUAAAAAAAAUAAUAUUUUGAUUUUGAAAAUUGAUACUGAUAAGGGUCAUUUUGGAAGUAGUUUUAAUAAUCAAUCUGAUAGAAUUAAAGAUUUAGCAUUUGAACUUUCAUUUCUGAUUACUCAGAUUCAAUAG